UUGGUUGUUGCGAGAUGUGUAUGUACUUUUAUUUCUCUACGAACUGGAACUAAAUAAUAUUAGACCUGAAGAAGUAACAACUACGUGUGAGAAACAUAUUCGAUUCCAGCGGGUAUAUUUGAAAAAAAGAUGGCUAUGUCACGUCGCAAAAAAAGUAAACUAGACUGGAAAUGUGUUUAUACUGUAUACCGUAGUUGAAGGUAGCUGAGUUCAAGUCUGGCGAUUGUUGCUCACCAAUUUAAAUACUUUUAGUACAAUGAGAUCAACGUAACACUAGAACUGUAAUUAUAAAAAAUAGAUCAUUUCGCUGGUUUGGUUAUUUGGUGAAGCCAAAUGCUGCCUCGAUCAAAAAUUAUUUUACAGGCUGUGAGUCUUGUACUAUUUCUGGUGUCUGCAGUUUCAUGGUUUUACUGGACAAAUAAUGACCGGUUUGAACUACGUGACACCAAUUCAUGUACUAAAGACUGUGUGCCGAACAUUGUACACUACAUAAUAUUUGGUAAAAAAUCACUUGACUUUAUAGCGUAUCUGAGUAUCCUGUCUGUGUUAAAGGUGCAGAAACCAGAGCAGCUCAUAAUACAUUCUGACAGCCCAGAUUUUGAAGGGAAUUACUGGUUGGCUAUUAAGUCAGCACCAUUUAAUGACACCAGUAUCCAUGUGUCUCUUCUUGAGCAACCAACACAUGUGUUUGGUCAACGAUUGAGUUCAGUGUACCAUUCUGCAGAUGUUGCAAGGAUUCAGAUACUGAUGCAGCAUGGAGGAAUUUAUCUGGACACAGACAUGCUUGUUCUACGUUCUCUAGAUAGAUACAGGAAUUCCGAAAUGGUUGUUGCAUGGCCUUAUGGUGAAUACAUUGGAAAUCAGAUCCUCAUUGCCAGCAAGAAUGCAAGGUUUCUGUCAAUGUGGCUUAAUAGCUACAGGAGCUAUCACCCAAGGGAAUGGUACUAUAAUGCUGGGAAAGUACCAACAGAACAGAUAUUACAGAAGCAUCCUGAGCUAGCUCACCGUGAACAUUUCGCAUUUGGUGUUACUAAUCUGGGUGCCAAUCUGUAUGGUGCUUCUCCAUGGCCACAGUGGAGACUUUUAUCUGCAGUUCACUUGUUAAGUAGGCACCCUCCUGCACCACAACAUUUAGACGAGAAGUUUGUUCGUACUUAUCGCUCUCCAUUUGGAGAAAUUUCUCGAUGGUUAUUAUACAAACUGAAGCCGAGGGUUGUUAUCCCUAGUUCGAAUGUCUCUACUGCUUCUGUGUGAUUGCUGCCAAUAUAUCUUUUGUACCUAAUAUUUGAAAUGAGAAGCUGUAUUUUGCAUUGUGGCUUUAAUGGAGUGUGAAAACAUGGAAGUGAUGCCUGGAUUUCACUUACAGUUCUAUUUUUUGCAAAUAAAACAGAAUAUAGCAUUUUUAUGUA